UAUGGUUCUAAAGGGGGUAGUUAUAUUUCAAAACGAGUUAAUAUAUAAAAACAUCAAGUAUAUAUAUAUAUAUACUAACACUCAGCUGAUCGACACUCGACAGUUUGUUUCUUUUGUAUCUCCUUUGAAACCCAUCAACAAUGUCAGGACUCAGAUUGGAAGGCAAGAUCGCAAUUGUAACAGGUGGAGCGAGUGGGAUCGGAGCCGAAGCAGCGAGGCUGUUCACGGAGCACGGAGCAAAGGUGGUCAUCGUUGACUUACAAGAAGAGCUUGGUCAAAACGUCGCCGUUUCAAUCGGGUUAGACAAAGCAGUGUUUUACCGCUGCGAUGUUACAAACGAGACGGAAGUGGAAAACGCCGUUAAGUUCACCGUCGAAAAACACGGAACGCUUGACGUUCUGUUUAGUAACGCCGGAGUCAUGGAACAGCCCUGUAGCAUCCUCGACUUGGAUCUCGAACAGUUUGACCGAACAGUGGCGGUCAACGUUCGUGGUGCGGCGGCGUUUAUCAAACACGCGGCGCGUGCGAUGGUGGAGAAGGGCACGCGUGGGUCCAUAGUCUGUACGACGAGCGUUGCGGCGGAGAUCGGUGGUCCGGGACCUCACGCGUACACGGCGUCGAAGCACGCACUUCUCGGGCUGGUUAGGUCGGCUUGUGGAGGGCUGGGGAAGCACGGGAUUCGAGUCAACGGCGUUGCACCGUACGCGGUGGCGACGGGGAUCAACAGCCGUGACGAGGAAACGGUGAGGAUGGUGGAGGGAUAUUGCGCCUCUACUGGGAUUCUGAAAGGUGUGGUGCUCAAGGCUCGCCACGUGGCUCAAGCGGCUCUGUUUUUGGCUUCCGAUGACUCCGUUUACGUUAGCGGUCAGAAUCUCGCCGUCGACGGUGGUUACAGCGUCGUUAAGCCGAUGUGAAAGAUAUCGAUCAAAGAUAUUCCAUGUAACUUAUUAGCAUUUCACUCGUAAUUCCCCAAUCGUUUGAUAUCAACAAAUAAAAGUUUUUAAAAAAUCAAAAAUCUUCCGUUAUCAGUUACCUAUCGUAUUCUUAAACCAUGUAAUGAUCGUUUAUACGUAAGCACUUACGUGUUACGGUGGUAAAUUUGAAUAAAAUAAGGAUAACAUUGUUAGG